ACUCAGAGUUACUCUCGAACUCAAACAUAAUGCUGUUCUCUCGCGUUGUUUCUUACCUUGCGUUUUUCUUGACACUGGGAAUCCUCGCGACCGCCAAGCCGGUUGAGCUCGAGAAUCGUGCUAGCGUCUCAUUAGCUGAAGAGGUUGUUUCAGCGCUCAAGUCUAAGACCGACUCGAUCGUCCCGCAGAUUAAGAGUGCUGCGUCGAGCAAGCCGGUGUCCGCUUCUGCUAUCACUCCGCUCCUUAACGAACUUAUUACCGCCUUCAACGAAGCGCAUAGCUCCCUCGGCCAGGUUUCCCUUCUCAAAGAAAAGAAGCGCCAGAAUGCGAAUGAUGUUGCCAACACCUUUGCAGGCGUAGUCACGGACGUUGCUGGAGCAGUCAAGCUCAUCCCCGUCGGACUGCCCGGCCUCCCUGGUCUCAUCGUUUCUCUGGACGUCGCGCUUUCAGAACUCCUUGUCGGACUUGACGUGGCGGUAGUCGGCCUUGGUGUCCUCCUCGGCGGGUUGCUGACGGGAGUUGCUGGUCUCCUGGGCGGACUCGGGCUCGGUCUUACCCUCGGCCUGCUCGGCCUUUGAGGGAUUAUGAGAGGGGAACAUACUUAAGCAGUUGUCCAUUGUCUGCCAUUGUCUCUCCUUCAGUACAAGAUUUUCCGCACUUACAGGUGACACCUCGUAGACCGGAAAGUUCACAAUUUUUUAGUGUCUGUUGUAUCUUCUAGUGGUUCAAUCUAUGUACAGUGUUCUGACUUAUGUUGUGUUUCGG